AUGUUAACACAAAUAUUAGAAAUAUUUUCAAUUUUGCUGUUGGUCAUUGUGGCAACAGUGUUCGCACAAUCCCGCAUAUUGGGUGGUGAGGAAAUAACCGUUGAUAAGGCCCCAUAUAUUGUACAACUGCGUCAUAGCAAAGAUGGUUUCUUUUGUGGUGGAGCAUUGAUAACAUCCCGACAUGUGGUCACUGCAGCCCACUGCCUAGAGGGAUAUGCCUUGGCAGAUAUAACAGUGGUUGCUGGAGCCACAUCUCUCACAGAUGAAGGUGUGCAAAGCCAAGUUGAAGAUGGUUUCAUGCCAGCCGAAUAUGAUGUCGAUACCAUUGAUAUGGAUGUGGCCGUUCUCAAACUGACUUCCGAACUCAGGGGAAGAGCGAUUAGACCAAUAGCCCUCUGUAGCGAACCAUUAGAACCUGGUAAUCUUUUACAAAUUUCCGGAUGGGGUCGUGUUACAGAACAAGGUGAAAUAUCAAAGAAUUUACGCACUGUACGUGUACCGUUGUUGCCUCGUGCAGAAUGUGUACUGCGUUAUAAACGCCUUGGGGAAAAUCUCACCAAUUCAAUGAUGUGUGCCUAUGACGACAAUAAGGAUGCUUGUACUUCAGAUUCUGGUGGACCGGCCGUUUUUGCAGGAGAACUAUGUGGUAUUGUGUCGUGGAGUUUAGGUUGUGGUCAUCGUCAGGCUCCAGGAAUUUAUACAGAUAUUAAUGAGGUUAAAUGGUUUAUUGAACAGGUUAUUGAAUCUUAA